CCGCCGCCGCCUCCCGCCGUGCUCGGCAGGGCAGGGCGCUGCUGGGCCAGCGCUGCGGCGGAGGGGCGGCACGGCCCGGCCCCACGGGCGGGCGGACGAACAGACAGACAGACGCGCACACACACCCCGACAAACGGAGCAACCGCCGGACAGCCCCAUGGCUCUGGAUUUAUAAACACGGCGCAGAUGGCGGGGCCGGGGCCCCGCGCCCAGCGCUGCCCCGCCGGCCGCUGAAGCAGGAGGCGAGGAGGGAACGGCGGUCGGCGGCGGCGAUGGGGGGCGGCAGCUGCCGGCGGGAUUAGUUGUUGGGUGACGUGGGAAGCUCGCACACGAUGAAGAGGAGCUGCUGUCUCUCCUAACCCUUUGUCUGUGAUUUGGAGGCAGCGAGCACCACACCUGCUGGUUCGAGAUGUCUGGAUCCACGCAGCCUGUGACGCAGAGCUGGCGCGCGGCCGAGCCACGCUACCCGCCCCACGCCAUGUCCUACCCUGUUCAGAUUGCUCGACCACAUGCGGACGUUGCACUGUUGGAGUACCAGCAUCAUUCCAGGGAUUUUGCUUCCCACCUCCCUCCGGGGUCAAUCAUGCAGCCGCAGCGGCGGAGACCAUCCCUGCUCUCUGAGUUCCAGCCAGGCAAUGAAAGAUCUCAGGAGCUGCACCUGAGAACUGAGGCUCAUUCCUAUCUCUCUGACCUGACCAAGCCAUCGGACUUGGAGUUCAUUGAAACCAAGAGGCCACGCCUAGAUCUACUGCAGGACCCGCUGAUGCGGCACUCGCCUCUCCUGAACCAGAGCCAGCAGGGAGGGACAGAGGAUCUCUCCAAGGAUCGUGGCCUGCCUGGCAAACUGGAGCCUGUGUCGCCCGUGAGCCCUGCUCACGCUGACGCGGAGCUGGACCUGCUGCCGGCGCGGCUGUCGAAGGAGGAGCUCAUCCAGAACAUGGACCGCGUCGACCGCGAGAUCACCAUGGUGGAGCAGCAGAUCUCCAAGCUGAAGAAGAAGCAGCAACAGUUGGAGGAAGAAGCAGCCAAACCACCAGAGCCUGAAAAACCCAUCUCCCCGCCUCCUAUCGAGUCCAAACAUCGCAGCUUGGUGCAGAUCAUCUACGACGAGAACAGGAAGAAGGCAGAGGCUGCCCACCGGAUCCUGGAAGGACUGGGGCCUCAGGUGGAGCUGCCAUUAUACAACCAGCCUUCAGACACCAGGCAAUACCAUGAAAACAUUAAAAUAAACCAGGCAAUGCGGAAGAAGUUAAUUUUGUACUUUAAGAGGAGAAAUCAUGCUCGCAAACAGUGGGAACAGAAGUUUUGCCAGCGCUAUGACCAGCUGAUGGAGGCCUGGGAAAAAAAGGUGGAGCGCAUCGAAAAUAACCCCCGACGGCGUGCCAAGGAGAGCAAAGUGCGGGAGUACUAUGAGAAGCAAUUCCCGGAGAUCCGGAAGCAGCGGGAACUGCAAGAGCGCAUGCAGAGGGUAGGACAGAGGGGCAGUGGUGGGCUCUCCAUGUCGGCCGCACGCAGCGAGCACGAGGUGUCGGAAAUCAUUGAUGGGCUCUCAGAGCAAGAGAACCUGGAGAAGCAGAUGCGCCAGCUCGCCGUCAUCCCCCCCAUGCUCUAUGAUGCCGACCAGCAGCGCAUUAAAUUCAUCAACAUGAACGGUCUCAUGGAUGACCCCAUGAAGGUCUACAAGGACCGGCAGGUGAUGAACAUGUGGAGCGAACAGGAGAAGGAGACCUUCCGGGAGAAGUUCAUGCAGCACCCGAAGAACUUUGGCCUGAUUGCAUCCUUUCUGGACAGGAAGACGGUGGCAGACUGUGUCCUCUAUUACUACCUGACCAAGAAGAAUGAGAACUACAAAAACCUUGUCAGGAGGAAUUACCGACGGCGUGGGAAGAGCCAGCAGCAGCAAAUGCCCCGGAGCAGCCAAGACGAGAAAGAUGAAAAAGAGAAAGAAAAGGAGAAGGAGGGAGAGAAGGAAGAAGACAAGCAGGAAGCAGAAAACGACAAAGAAGAACUGACAAAGGACAAGAACGACGACACAUCUGGGGAAGACAACGAUGAGAAAGAAACUGUCACCUCCAAGGGUCGCAAAACAGCCAACAGCCAGGGCCGGCGCAAGGGCCGCAUCACCCGCUCCAUGGCCAACGAAGCCAACAACGAGGAGGCAGCCACCCCGCAGCAGAGCGCCGAGCUGGCUUCUCUGGAGAUGAAUGAAAGCUCUCGCUGGACUGAGGAGGAGAUGGAGACAGCUAAAAAAGGUCUCCUUGAGCAUGGGCGGAACUGGUCAGCCAUUGCCAGGAUGGUGGGCUCCAAGACCGUGUCGCAGUGCAAAAACUUCUACUUCAACUACAAGAAGAGGCAGAACCUGGAUGAGAUCCUACAGCAGCACAAACUGAAAAUGGAGAAAGAAAGGAACGCCAAGAGGAAGAAGAAAAAAGGCGCUGCCGUUCAAAACGAAGAAGCCACCUUCCCUCCUGCCGCCGAGGACGAGGAGAUGGAGGUGUCAGGGACGAGCGGCAAUGAGGAGGAGAUGGCUGAGGAGGCAGAAGCUGCAGUAAAUAACAGCUCCGACACCGAGAGCAUUCCCUCGCCGAGGCCCGAAGCCAAAGAAGGAGGCGAAAACGGGGCCAAGGCACCACCCGGGCCGGGAGGUGACUCCGGCACAGAACCGGCAGUCAAGUUGGAAGAGGCUCCAACACCCGCUGACGCUCCUGCUGCUUCCCCUGCCAACCCAGCUCCUGCUGCCAGCCCUCUGCCGGAGGCAGCUGCUGAGCCGCCCAGCAGUGAGGAGAAGGUGCAGGAGGACUUGGUGGUGGACGUGGUAAAGACGGAGGAGCCAGAGGAGAAGGUGAGCGAAGAGCCCUGCAAGAGUGAGGUGAAGAAGGAGGAGAGUGAAGACAGCCAGGAGAAGGACAAGGGGAAUGACAAGAAGGCAGAAAGUGGCGUCAGUGGUGGAGGGACAGCGGGGACGGAGGGGACGCCCAAGGCUGAGAAGAAGGAGAGCCAUAAAGGCAGUAAAGGCCCCGGGGUGAACCCCGACAGCGACUCCAGCGCAACCUGCAGCGCAGACGAGAUGGACGAGCAAGAUGCUGUGGACAAGAGCAGGUUGCUGUCCCCCCGGCCCAGCCUGCUCAACACCACCAGCGAUGCCCGGCUGAACUCCUCGCCGCAGAAGCCGCUGGACCUGAAACAGCUGAAGCAGCGUGCUGCUGCCAUCCCUCCUAUUCAGAUCACAAAAGCCCAUGAGUCUGCCCGUGAGGACACAGCCCCAAGCAAGCUCUCACAGUCCCAGCAGCAGCAGGCUGAGAAGGAGCAGCAGCAGCAGCCAAGCAGCAGUCCCAGAGGGAAGAGCAGGAGCCCUGCUGUUGGUGACAAGGAAGAAAAGUCUGUGCACUUCUCAUCCAUCGCAGAGGCUCAGAAGCCGAGCGCAGAGCCGACGGCCACCUCAUGCUGGCCUCCUGUCCUGUCCUACCCCCGGGAUGUGAUCAAAACCUCUCCCCAGGCAGAGCCCCACUUGUUUCAAUACAACCCAUCAGGACACCCCAUCCCUCUAAACCUGCAUGAGAGUUCUCGCUCAGGGCUGCAGAGACUGGCGAGCAUCUCCAACCCUCCUCCCCUCAUCUCCUCCACCAAGCACCCCUCUGUGCUGGAGAGACCGGUUGGAUCCAUCUCCCAGGGUAUGCCCAUCCAGCUCCACACACCCUACAGCUCCGAGCAUGCCAAGGUCCCUGUUGGCUCCAUCACCAUGGGCUUGCCACUGACCAUGGAUCCCAAGAAACUGGUGCCUUUUCCUGGAGUAAAGCAGGAACAACUUUCUCCUAGAAGCCAGGCCAGCCAGCCGGAAAGUCUGGUUCUGCAGCCGUCCCAGGAGGGCUCCAUCCUGCGGGGUACUUCCCUCAGCUCUGCCUCAGGAGGGAGCAUCACCAAGGGAACACCUACAUCCAGGCCCCCUCUGGAGUCAUCCAUCACCUACCGAGGGUCCAUCACACAUGGCACCCCGGCAGAAGUGCUGUACAAAGGAACCAUUACCAGGAUAAUCGGAGAAGACAGCCCCAGCAGAGCAGACAAGGCAAGAGAGGAUGCCAUGCCCAAAGGCCAUGUCAUCUACGAAGGGAAGAAAGGCCACGUGCUGUCCUACGAGGGUGGAGUUGCUGCUUCUCAGUGUCCAAAAGAAGACAGCAGGAGUUCAGGCACUUCACAUGAGACCACAGGAACCAAGAGGACCUACGAUAUGAUGGAGGGGAGGAUCAACCGAGGCUUAUCAGCCCGUGAUACCUUAUCUGCCAGCAUUGAAGGUCUCAUGGGUCGAGCGAUCCCUCCCGACCGACACAGUCCCCAUAGCCUAAAGGAGCAGCAUCACAUGAGGGGCUCAAUUACACAAGGAAUACCUCGGUCCUAUGUGGAGGCCCAUGAGGACUACCUCAGAAGAGAAGCCAAACAGCUCAAGAGGGAAAACACUCCACCAAGGGACUUAUCUGAUGCCUACAAGGUCAGGUCUCACGAAGGCCUUACUCCUCUGAAAAUGAAGACAGCCCAUGAAGGCCUGGUGGCCACAGUGAAAGAAGCAGGAAGAUCAAUCCAUGAGAUUCCCCGAGAGGAGCUGAGGCGAACACCAGACAUCUCUCUGGCAAGACCUCUGAAGGAAGGCUCUAUCACACAGGGUACUCCACUGAAGUACGACAGCAGCUCUUCCUCCUCGAGUUCCAAAAAGCACGACGUGAGGUCCAUCAUCGGCAGCCCCGGCAGGACUUUUCACUCUGUGCACUCGCUGGAUGUCAUCCAGGACCCGAGGAAUCUGGAGAGAGCUUACGAAGAGAGCCUGAAAAACAGACCAAGCCCAGUGACAAACUCGGGUGGUUCCAUUGCCAGAGGGGCUCCUGUGAUUGUGCCAGAGCCAGGGAAACCCCACCAAGGCACCCUGGCCUAUGAGGACCACCAAGCAGGGCACAGCACAGCCUUCAGCAGCCACCUACACAGAGGGUCUCCAGUCUCCACACGAGAGUCCACACCACGGCAGCAUGAAGGGAGUAUCACUGCUGGGAAGCCAGUGUCCCAGGACAGAAAGAUCACCCCCACAUCGAGGGAGCUCACCAACUCCAAGUCUCCACACGCCCCCGUGGCCGACCACCACCACCCCAUCUCCCCGUACGAGCACCUGCUCCGCGGUGUGAGCGGGGUCGACCUGUACCGAGGACACAUCCCGCUGGCUUUUGACCCUGCUGCUAUCCCAAGGGGAAUCCAACUGGAAGCAGCUGCUGCUUACUACCUGCCAAGACAUCUGGCUCCGAGCCCAGCCUACCCCCACCUCUACCCCCCGUACCUCAUCCGGGGCUACCCGGACACGGCUGCCAUGGAGAACCGACAGACCAUCAUCAACGACUACAUCACAUCCCAGCAGAUGCACCACAACGCCGCAGCCACGGCCAUGGCGCAGCGGGCAGACAUGCUGCGCGGCUUGUCGCCACGGGAACCCUCCCUCGCCCUCAACUACGCAGGCAUCAUUGACCUGUCCCAAGUGCCACAUCUACCUGUCCUUGUGCCCCCCACCCCUGGCACCUCUGCCACCACCAUGGACCGCAUCACCUACAUCCCUGGCCCGCCCCAGACCUUUGGCAGCCGGCACAGCAGCUCCCCACUCUCACCAGGAGGUCCCACGCACAUGACCAAACAGUCAGGAUCGUCAGUGUCCGAGCGGGAACGGGAGCGAGAGCGGGAACGGGAGAGGGAGCGGGAAAAAUCCAUCCUAGCAUCCACCACAGUGGAGCAUGCACCCAUCUGGAGGCCAGGUACAGAGCAGUCCAGCAGCCGUUCAUCCUCACACUCUCACAGCCACCAGCACUCUCCUGUCUCACCCCGCACCCAUGAGACCAUCCAGCAGCGUCCCAGCGUGCUCCACAACACAAGCAUGAAGAUCAUCUCCUCGGAGACCCCCACCCCUUCCGUCCUGCGAUCCUCCUCCACCACUACCACAUCACCAAUCCGCUCCACUGCCUUUCCCUCAGCCUCCACCCUGCGCUCCUCCAUCAGCUCAGCAGAUGGCUACACAGCCCCAAUUGACCCGGCCAUCCUGCAGAAGGAGGCCUCAAGAGCACGAGAAGCCAAGGCAGAACGAUCCCAGACUGACAACAAUGUCUUCACCUCAAAGCUACCCAGUGGGGCCAACCUUGAACAAUCACCUUCACCCAUUAAAGCCAUGGAGUCAAGACCUUUACCUGCCUCCGGACCUGGUUCUUCUCAUCACUAUAGCAGAGGACAGGGGAAAAGCCAGCAGCACCAUCACCCUCUGGACCAGCCGCACACAGCCUCAGGCCCUGAGCAGCACAGUAGAGAAAAGAGUCAAAGUAAACCCUUUUCCAUGCAGGAGCAGGAGCUGCGAGCACUCGGCUUUCAUGGAGGCUACAGCCCUGAGCGGAUGGAAGCAGUGAGCCCCGUGAGCUCACCCAGUCUGUCCCAUGAGAAAGGGGCCAAGCUGCUGCAGGAUGCAGAGAAGGGACAUGGGGAGCACGACCUGAGGCAGAAACAGCAAGGCUCACUGAAGGCCUCAGCUCCUGAAGCAGCACACCUGCAGCACCUCCGGCAGCCCGAUGGCCCCCAGUGCCAGCCCCUGCAGUCCAGCCAGAGCAUCAAGGGGAUGAACCAGCGGGUAGUCACGCUGGCCCAGCACAUCAGUGAGGUGAUCACACAGGACUACACACGCCAUCACCCGCAGCAGCUCAACUCCCACAUCCAGAGCCCAGUGUACUCCUUCCCUGGGGCCGCGUGCCCCGUGCUGGACCUGCGCCGCACCCCCAGCGAGGCCUAUCUGCAGCAACAGGAGCAUGCAGUGGCCUCCAGGAUCUCCCCACAGAACGAAGGUGGCAAAAGGUCCCCGGAGCAGAGCAAAGCCUCGGCCGGGAGCGGGUCGGACAACUGCAUCGAGCCGGUCUCGCCACCAGACGGCGUGGCGGAGUCGGAGCACGCCAAGAGCACCGUGUACCCGAUCCUGUACCGCGAGGGCGAGCAGAUAGACCAGAGGAUGGGGUCCAAGUCCCCAGGAAACAACACUCAGCCUCCAGCUUUCUUCAGCAAGCUGACUGAGAGCAACUCUGCCAUGGUGAAGUCCAAGAAACAGGAGAUCAUCAAGAAGCUCAGCACGACCAACAAAAAUGAGACUGAGUACAAUGUCGGGCAGCCUGGGACAGAGAUUUUCAACAUGCCGGCGAUUACUGGAGCAGGGCUAAUCAGUUGUAGGAGCCAGUCGGUCCAAGAGAAUUCCAAUACCAACAUGGGGUUGGAGGCAAUAAUUAGGAAAGCCCUAAUGGGUAAAUAUGACGAGCAGUGGGAAGAGCGCUCACCUCUCAGUGCCAAUGCUUUUAACUCUCUGAAUGCCAGUGCAAGCCUGCCCGCUGCUAUGCCCAUAACUCCUGCUGAUGGACGAAACGAGGACGUGCGCUCCUUGCCAGGAGGAGGGGGGAAGCCAAAGAUCGCUGCCAGACCCAACAGCCGCAAGGCUAAGUCCCCUGCACCAGGUCUGUCUUCGGGUGAGCGGCCACCCUCCGUCUCCUCGGUGCACUCGGAAGGGGACUGCAACCGGAGGACACCCCUCACCAAUCGCGUCUGGGAGGACAGGCCAUCGUCUGCAGGUUCAACGCCGUUCCCCUACAACCCGCUCACCAUGCGGCUGCCCAGUGGGGUGGUGACUGCGGCCCCUGCUGCCCCCCUGCCACAGGGGACACCAGGCAGCCAGCACCACGCCUGGGAUGAGGAGCCCAAGCCCCUGCUGUGCUCCCAGUACGAAACCCUUUCGGACAGUGAAUGAAGCAAGCCAGGGGCAGGAAGACGGCGACCAAACCCAGGGCACAGGGAGCGAGUGGGACGCCCGGGGCGAGUGCCCAGCACCCCGGCCCUGCCAGCUCUCACGAGCGAAGAUGCAGGAGCAGAGCUGGUUUAUGUUCUCCUUUUUCCUUUCUUUUUUCCCCCCUCCCCUCCCAACCAGCCAAUUUGGGGGGGAUGGAGGGAUUUUUUCUUUCAUUUUUUUAUUGGUUGGUUUUGGGUUUUUUUUCCAUUCUCAACAUCUGGAAAUUUCUGCAUCCUCUUCAGUCUGAAGAAAAGAAAAGAAAAAAGCCUUAACAAGACAAAACCCAAGGAACCCAUCUUCGAUCUUGGCAGCCUGGCAGGGUGGUGACCCCCAUGCUCGAGAGGGACUGAGCAGCCGCGUGCCCCAAGCGCGCACAUCCCGGGGCCGUGCACACUCGGACGCUCCGUCAGCGUGCUCCCGCAGAGCCAAGUGAGGGGCCCUGGGAUGCUCCCCUGCAUCCCAGCUGUGGGGCUGUGCCACAGGAGUGCAAAACCUUGAGCGGGUUUAAGAAAAACAAACAAACAAACAAACAAAAUUUAAGUGAUGAAAUAGGAUGGAACUGCCCCAGUUUGGUUACCCCCAGCUGAUCGUAAGGGCUGGGUGCCCAUCGUACUGAUGUAUCGGGCCCAGAGCACUC